AGCCCCACCAUAGCUCAAUCCAUUCAUCCAUUGAUUUCCCAUUCGAAAGUCCAUUCUCCAGGCUCCCGACAAUCCUCAAGUCAGGGAAGAAAACGGUUUUAAUAUUAUUAUAAUCCUGCUAUCUGCACCGUUGUUCACCCAGAGAGGUGGAACAUUGAGUCGAUGCUGUUUGAUCGGGUUGUCGCUGUAUAUCUUGCCUAAAUCUUUCUCCAGUAACAGUCAUUGGAUAAUAUCAACGUUUCCCGGGCUCUUCACCCUGCCAAAGAAAACACCUCCGAUCCAGAAAUGUCUGGAAAAUACGCCUCAGACCCGACAUGGGCCUCCAUUAAGCCGAUCCCGCUCAACGAUGGCUCGGAAACAGGGACCCUUCCUCUGGCGACUAUUGCCUACUCAGAUGAAUACCUCGAGGCUACCUCGUACUUAAGAGCAGUGAUGGCUGCCAAUGAACUGUCCGACAGGGCCCUGAAACUCACCGACGAUGUAAUCGCCAUGAAUCCGGCUCACUACACUGUUUGGAUUUACCGCGUUAAGAAUCUUUUUGCUCUCAAAAAAGACCUCAAUGAAGAGUUUGAAUGGCUGAACCAAAUGUCAUUGAAGUACCUUAAGAACUACCAAAUAUGGCACCACCGACAAGUCCUGAUGUCAUCCAGGGAAAACUUCCCGACACUCCCGCCCAAGGAGCUGGACUUCCUGAUGGAGAUGUUCAAGCAAGAUGCCAAAAACUAUCAUGUCUGGACCUACCGCCACUGGCUUGUGCGGCACUUUAGACUGUGGGACGAGCCCCGAGAGAUCCAGGACGUCGACCUCCUCCUGUCACAAGACGUGAGGAACAAUUCCGCCUGGAAUCAUCGUUUCAUGCUCCGCUUUGGUCCACGCAGUGACGAGCCCGACGGCGGGAUGCCGAAUAGCACCGCGCCCCCGCCCGAGAAGGGCAGGUUAGCCGUGGUUGAUGAGGACCUUGUCGACGCGGAACUGGAGUACACCAAGGCCAAGGUCAUUAAAGCCCCUGAAAAUCGCAGCCCGUGGGGAUAUGCCCGCGGCGUGCUGCGGGCGUCCGGCCGGCCGCUCUCGGAGUGGAAGGACUUCGCGAAGAAGUUUGUCCAGGAAAAGGUCGAGGACGGCAAGGUGGUGGAUAUCGAGGUCAAGAGCAGUCAUGCUCUAGAAUGGUUGGCGGACAUAUAUGGCGAAGAAGGCGAACAAGCCACCGCCGAGGCCGUGCAGAUGUUUACCUUACUGAAGGAGAAGUAUGAUCCUAUCCGCAAGAAUUACUGGGAUUAUCGGAUUCAUAUGAUUGCCCCUGCAACAUGGAGCCAAGAGAUCCCCACUUCGGCAUGA